GCCCGACUCAGUCGGUGCGCCGCUACCGGGGCCCGCGUUCCUUCUUUCCGGUCUCUCCCGUCGGACCGUUCGUGACGCGAGUGCCGAUCCGCGACCUCUGUCCCGGCGCGUUUCGCCUGCUUUAUUGGCCGUCUCUCCCCUUGCCCCCCGGAACUCACGGCUCCGGUUUCGACGCGCCAUAUUGCGCGACACCUCGUCUCGCCUCUAUCGCGAAAUUCGACGUCGCGCGUCGUCUCGCUAUUAUUGUAAUAUCGCUAUUUCGUUAUAUCAUUAUAUAGUGACGUCCGACGUAAGUCCUCGUCCUGGAAGAUCGGACGCCGCGUCGUACCCGUGGUGGGAUCGUCCCUACACUUCAAGGUCCCAUCCGGAUCGCUCCAGCUCGUUUUCGGCCCGCCUCCUCUCGUGAUAUAGCCCUGGUUCUCGGAACACUCGUAAUCGGGAGCCAGGUUUCCCCUGGCUGGUUUACAUAACCAGACCCGGGAAGUCCGCGAGAGUGCGGUAGAAUCGUUCGAUCUUCCACCUUUAUUCCACCGCUAAGAUUUAGGCGUCAGCAAGAACCGCCGUUCGACCGCCACCUCGAGGAUACGAGGAGUUGGCAUUUCAUACCGAUUCCUGUCUACCCUCGGUAUAAAUUUUUCUACCACCACGACGAAGAGGAUACGAGUUGUUGAUACCUGGGUGUAACACCGGUCCCUGUCCGACGUCGUCGAGGACCAUUACUUGACGGCCAGGACCUCUCGAAGAGGAUUCAAGGCGUUGUCGGGGAAUCUGCUAGUGAAAUCAAGAUAGCCUCGAAGAGCGUCCACCGCUGACCCUAACCCUCUGAUCACCAAUCUUAGGUUAUCACGCCGUUGGCAUUUGUUUGUGCCACCGAUUCCUGGCGUCGUCAACAAGGCCAGUCCCUACCGGGUGUCUAAUCGAGUCUCUUGAUAGACACUUCGACCUUAGAGCGGAUCUGGAGUAGAAUCGGAGUAGUAGAAUUGUGAAGAGCGUCCACGGUUGACCCUAACCUUCGACUCCGCAGUCUCUGUUAUCACGUCUAGCACGAUGAUACCGGCCAGAACGGAGAGAAGAAGGACCCCACGCAAGAUGAUCUUUAUCCCGGCAUGGACCUGGAUGACAUUGUUCCUGGCGAUGGCGUUGUUCCUACCGAACGCCACUACCGUCCGCAAGGAGUACUCCUCGGUCGACGCCCUUCGCAAUCAGCUGAUCGAGCUCGACCUGAGCCUCCAGAGGAAACUAUUCGACCCGAAAUGGACGGACGUCCCGGUGGCUAGCUCCAUCAGAGAGGCGCUCGAAGCCUACGACGUCAUCGGGAGCGUCCUGGAGGAGCCAUCCCUCGAGGUCAAGGAGGAGCACCUGGCGGUCCUCGACCCGAUCUGGAGCUGGGCCAGGAUGAAGAAGGACAUGAGGACCAUCGAGGGCCUCUACGAGACCUUCAGACGGGAGAGGAAGGAGGCCCUCCAGGGCCAGGGUCCCGUCGACGUCGACAAGUGGGUCUCGUUCGCCAAGACCAUCCUGGACGACCCCAACGCCUCCGUGCCGGCCGCCCUGAGCCGGAUGGCCGACAUCGUGGUCCUUGAUAAGCUCUUUAUGUCGGCUUACAAGGAGGGAACCUUCCGGAUUUGCAAUCAGCAGCAGUCGCCCCAGGAACUGCUCUACACCAUGUACAACACCAUAGCUCUGACGGAGACGAAGGCCCUCGCCGUCGUGCAGUUCUCCUACAACAUCCUGCGUCUCUUCAAACAGGGGAACUUCACCGAGGAGAUGAAGGUGCAGAAGGAGGCCUACGAGUCCAGGAUGUAUCAGACCCUGAGGGCCGUGAGGACGGCCAUGGCACACGCACCUAGAGAUCUCUGGAGAUGCGACCCUGCCGAGCACAAACCAGAGAGCACGUACACGGAGCUGAAGCAAGUCUUCCAGAGCUACGUCAUCAACGAGGUGGACAUGAACCGAGACAAGACCUGCAGGGAGAGCUGCGGAUUUUACAACUACGCCAAGGUGGAGGGGUGCUACGAGAAUCAGUUCUGCUCGAGGCAACGGAGGUGUAACGGGAGACUGAUCAAUUGCCAGUACGUCGACUCCGACAUGUGGAUCUGCCCCUCGGAGCGAAACAGCGACAGGAGGUACGAGUACAUCGAGUACGAGAACGGAAGGGUCCUGGGUAAGAAGGACACCUGUACCCGGGAGACGGUCAAGGUCGACAGCUGGUGGCGUUGGCUCUUCUGGCACUGCAGUUAUUGCAUUUGCUCCUGCGACGACCACAACGCGAGCUCCGAUCGUUACUUCAGCCUCCAAGCGGUCGUAUCCGACUUUGCGAACAAUAAGGUGAUAACCGGUAUCCGCCUCCGGAAGAAGAACCACAUCGUCUACAUGCAGAUCAAGGAAGGGGUCCUCCUCCCCAGGGGUGGGAUCAACGAUUCUACGACCGCGUGGAGAGAGAUCGAGGAGUUCUCGAUCUUGGAUCCUGAUCUCGUGGAAGGCGUCGACUACUACACUCUCGGUUGGAACCAAACCGAGGUCGACCUGGACGACGUGGUCGGGCCCAGCAAUCACGUUCUAAUCGGGGUCAAGUUCCGGAAACUGGGCUCCCACCUGAACCUCGAGGUACUGACAACGCCAUUCAACUUCACGACGGGCAAGCUGAUUAGACCGCACGAUAACAAGCUCUGGCACAGCAACGAGAAUACCGACAACAGCGACGAGAGCAAGAGGAGUUUCCUCGACAUCCGAAAGCCGGACGUCCCUACGCAGCACAACGCAAGAUCCGAGCCCGACUCGACCCACAACCAGUACUUGAAGUUCAAGACGACCGACCUGGACAAGGACGCGGGUCAGACGACGGUCCCCUUCCUGGACGUUCAGCCGAUCGUCCCUAACCCCCUGGUGCCCCUCUCGGGGGCGGGGAUCUUCCACAAGGGCUCGCCAGGAUCCGGGGGAUUCCUCGCCCUGAAGAUAAUAACCUACAAUUUCGCGGACCACCUGCACGUGGACUUCGCCCCGAGCCCCGUCCUCGACCGGAACAACGAGAUCGGUGAGAUCCGGGUGUUUUAACGGCGUCCACCCAUCGACAGGACUGGAUCGGGAAUAAGUCCCGAUCGAUCCCCGGCCUCCACGUGGCCCUGGGAUGUACAGUGACGGACAUAAGUGCCUUCUUAUCGCACAUUGGCGACAUAUCUCUGUAGGACGGGCAUUCGUGGCUCCCGAUGUACACUGACGGACAGUAGUGCCAUUACGACGAAUAUAGGCCUCGCCGUUCACAUUACGAGAUUAAUGUAAUAAAUGUAAUCGACAUGGCCCUAUUUACACGAGAAGUAUGACGUAAAAGUUCUGGAGUAAGAACCAUAUCAUGGGCGAAUUCGUUUGGUCAUCGUUGACAUUUUUUUUGUAUCGAGCUCCGCUGCAUCUGAUAAUUGCACUUGUAAUGAUAAUAAAUUAGAGGAAUCUUCCUUUCUUUUGCA